AUGGGCAGAAUCACAAGAGAGAUGCAACCCAAGCAUCGCGACACCUUGUCCCCCUGGCUUAAGAGCUACGUCGAGGCCGCCUCCACAAUCUCCCUUCCGCUACUGCCACAACAUCUCGCCACAUACCCAACCCGAUGGCCAUUCGGACGAGGUGAUUUGUAUCACUGGAUUCCUCUCCUGAACCGCUUCGAUGCCAUUCUCGACGCAUUCUGCACAACCUACAAGCUAUCACUCGGACCCCAAAUUGAAGACUUCGACUCUCACAUCCUCCGUAACCAUGGAGGAGAGGGAGACUUUGCCGACGAGAAGCAAUGGGAUGACCAAGAGUUGCAAAAGCUGGGAUACACUGGAGAAGGAGACCGUGAACUAGUCGAAGCCAUCUUGAAGUUUACGCGCUUAUUGCUUGAACACUGCGGAAACAGGAGCAUUUACGCGAGUAGCGCUCAUCUGAGUCAUAUCUUAAACAGCACAUCUCUAUCACUCCUGAUUUCUGCUCUUGAGGUUGGGUCCGAACUUGCACAGAGAUACCAGGCUUCGGUGAAGCGAAUCGGCAACUCGUCAAGGCACAUUAGUGCCGCACUUCUCGCGAACCACUACAACAUCAACUUAGAUCGCGUUCAACAGAUAGCACAGGCUUUCACCAAGCCAACAACAGCAACUCUAGCCGACUCGAACCCGACAGCGACACCCACUUCACAUAUCAAGGAUAAAGCGUCGUCACAGUCCAGGAGUACCCCGAAAACUCAUGCCACAGAUCUGGUGGCACUUGCCACAUCUAGUGAUCAGCGUUGGGCAGACUGGGGCGAUGUCAAGAUACGAUACUAUCCCGAAGAUACCAAAGUAUCUCAUGAUGCGCCCGUGGAAGCUGGUCGGUCUUCCCAGCCCUCCACGCCGACACCUCUACGUCGUAGCUCGACCGUAGCGGGAACCACUCAACAUACACCCAAGGCUCGCAGCGCCCAUGCCGAGGAGCCAUCUCCAGUGUUCCAUCGCACGCCAGGACUCACAGAUGAGGCGGAUGGGUCUGCACAGAGGACCUUCGAUGUUCCACAGUCAAUAGUUGUCUCAUCUUCCAUGAAACAGCUAAUGGCCAAACUUCCAUCUAACAUGAGCCAAACCUCCCGUUACGAGGCAUUCCACCACUUUAGAGUCGCCAAAGCUCUCACUGCAUCUCAAAAGUCUCGCCAGCAAAUUCUCGGAGCGCGGUUGCUUGCCAUCACCAAUUUAGCCUAUAUCCACACCGAGUCCAAUUUCGUGGAAAAAGUUCUUAGACAAGACAUGGACGAGACCCGCCGAUACCAACUCGCCUACCAACUCGCCGAACUCAUUCAUCCGUCGUCUGAUGGUAACGCGGAGGCACCUCUGUGGCUUCAGACAAUCUCCCUUGCACUAAUGGAGGCCAUUUCUAGCUUUACUUCCCGUUGUCAAGAUGUUUUGUCCGCUCUCAAUGCCAACGUCAACCACGGCAUACUUCUAUAUGUCAUUCGCAAAGCCGUGGCUGGUAUGGAGAAUACUAAGCCCGAGGACGAUGGCGACCAAGUUACUGAGACUGACAAUUGGCGCAACAACCUGUUCUCCCUCACUCUGAACCUGUCUAUGGCGACAAGAACUGGAAGUGAGAUGGCGUCUUCAGGUCUUAUGGACAUUCUUGUCCACAUCUUGAACAUCCGUUCACCCGUAGCUGAGCGGCAUCACUCAAUGGUCUUGGCCUUCCUUGAUGGAUUAAUAUGGGCAUAUCCUCAUGCGUUCACAGCUUUUUUCAGUGCUGAUGGUCUUGAUGCAGUUUCAAAACUGGUUGUUGACACUGUGACUCAGGCGAAACAGCUGGUAGCAACCUCCAAGGGUAUCACACAAGAUCAUCAGUCAAGUGCCGUUGAUUAUGAGGUGCCGUAUUACCAGCAACAAACGCUCAAGUGGCUUUUGAAAUAUAUUCACCGCAUCAUGUCGAACUCGUACAGUUACAGCGGUAACACAGAACGAUUAUUGCGGAAUUUGGCUGAGAAAUCCGAUCUUCUUGCCAGCCUACGCGACAUUAUCAGGGACAAGACCUGUUUUGGCUCUAUCAUUUGGACGAACUCAGUUCUUAUUUUGAGCGACUUCAUCAAUAAUGACCCAACCAGCUACGCAGCAAUUUCUGAAUCUGGCAUGAUCAAGACGUACCUCGAAGCGAUCACUGGUCGAAGUAUCACCGACGCAUCGCAAGAGGAUGAAACAAGAGAUUUAGAAGACGGCUCAAACGAUGUCUCAGAAGGGUCCGACGUAACAGCCAUGAUUGAGAAGGAUUCUCGACCACAUCCUCCGACCGAAGAGGCUCUUCGUGCAUCUCAACACGGUGAUGUUGUUGCCGGAGGCAUCCUGGCAUCUUCUGAGGCUAUCAAUGUAGUACCUCAAGUUCUGAACUCCAUCUCUCUCAACAAUUCUGGAAUGAAGCUUGUGGUAUCGUCUCGCGCCUUUGACAGCUACUUCGAAAUUUUCGAGAGCCCUGAACACGUCAGGUGCAUGGAAGUAGACGUGGACCUGGCCACUGCUAUCGGUGGAAGCUUCGACGAGCUUGCUCGUCACCACCCUCCUCUAAGGACUGCAAUUUCAAAUGCAGUCAUCGAUAUGGUCGCAAAAGUUCGCUAUCUUGGCAUUCGCAAGGCUGAGGAAGAUCACUGGGGUGUCCGUCUGCUCGGUACCGACACCAACGGAAGAAUCGUUUCCAUUGAUGAACAUGGGCAGGUCGCAGAGAAGAAGGGGGCACUUUUGUCUGCGAGGCAAGACAGUGAUGCAGACGUAACUAUGCAGGACUCGGCGACUCCCAAGGUUAUUGGAGACAACACAGGCGAAACAUCUCCAAAGAAGAAGCCCGAUACUGUGACGCCAUAUAUCUUUGCGUUGGCCAAUUUUCUCAGUUCCUACCUUUCCAGCACCUUUAUCAAGACCAACUUUGUCGAAAAGGGCGGUAUCGAGUUACUUCUCGACAUCUGCGAAUUACCUAGUCUCCCGGCUAGCUACAGCGACUCGCCAGCGGCAAGAGCGAUCAAUGCAGUCGUUGUGCAGCUGGUAGAGCAUGCCCCGGUGCGAAGUCUGCCUUCUCUCUUGAAACGUGCUCAAGCUUCAAUCGACAUUCUUCGGCCCCUAUCUAUCAAGACAGAAGCUCUUCCACCGUACUUCGGCCAGUUUCUCUCGCCGAACCUGCAAAUUCCGAAUGAUGAGCUUCCCGAGCCUUUGUUGUCAGGUACCAGAAUAGUCAAGGCCCUCUUGAAUGCGCAGAAUUUUAUCAAGAUCCUUUCUGAAUGUUUCAACACUUCCCGGUCGCACUCACUCCAGUUCUACCCAGUCAAUGCCUAUGAUUACUACUUGCAACUGGUCAAAUCAUUGGGCCCUUUACUUCGAGGUGUUCUUGCAGAAGAGGCCGGUGAACUGGCUGCUGUUCCUCAGCACUGGUCAAUUAAGCGUGUUGGAUCAAGUCCUGAAGGGGAACCAUCCGCUACUAACGUGGUUUUCGAAAAUGACAGCACAUCUCUGCCCGAUGUGUUGAGCAGCACGGGCGCUUGGAAGCAAGUCGAGGGGGCUGACGCUCCAAAAUCACCUACUGAAGAAGAACAGAGAACCCCUCGAUUCCAUAACUACGAGGCCCUCAAGCUGCUACUGCAUCCCAUGAUCCCUACAUCCUUUCCUCUUUUCCAGAGCAUUGGCAAAGCGUUGGUUCCCAGACGCGAGGUGACCCAUGGAGAUCCUUACCCCAGGCCGAGACACUUGCAGUUGGCAAAGGAGCUGGCAUCUACUGUGCUCGAUCAACUAUCACCAUCUGUUGCCACACCCAAUCCAAGCUCGAAGGAGUUUCACUAUUGGAUCAUCAUGCUGCAUACCAUCCAUGAGAUGCUCAUUGAUCACCAACCCGGAAGACAAGCUGACCGAACUCACGCUUACAUCAUUAUCCCCGUACUUCUUGCCUUCAAGGAGCAAGGAGGCUUAGAUGUGCUUAAUUCCAUUCUCAGAAUUUUCGCGAGUGCUGUUCGUGGAGGUACCAAUGCCAGCCGUCCUGACGAACUUUCCAAGGCCAAGGUUGCCGCGUUCGGCCUCAAGAAGAUCCUUGAGCUCCAUGUUCUGCUCGUCAAUGGCAAGUAUCUGGUUGACACGAGCAAUUAUUUCAAUCUGCAACGUCACACCGACAGGAAUCAGGUCGUAUCCAAUAUCUACCAGCAAAUUGUGGUGGAAUUUCGCUGUGCUAUCUUGCCGCCUAUACUCGAGCUAUGGGACUCGUCAUUUGUUGAGCAUGUCUCAGAUGAGACGGCGAAGCGAAUCCUAGAAAUUCUGAAGAUGAUUGCCGUUGGCGGAGAUGAACCGACCUCGACGCCUAAGGACAAGGCGCCUUUUGCACUCCUCAAUUACAGCGAUGUUCGCUUCGAUUGGCGCCCUCUUCGAGUGCUUAUAAACGACUUGCUGAACGUUGGCUUCGAUGAAGAUCUUGUCCACGAAGCCGUCUUCCGCGCCAAUGGCAACGUGUCUGGGGCUCGAGAAUACUGCCGAGCUCAUAAAUCUGGUCUUGCUGGACCGCGAAACCCUAUACCGAUAGAGGAUGCCGAUGUCAGUACGUACAAGACGCCUGAAUCUUCCAGAUCUCGACAGCGGGCUGCAUCCACUGGAACCAGUACCUCCGAGCCAGACCGCAUGUCUUUGGACACAUUCACCGAAGACGUGGAUGGCGACGGUCCUGCUGGCACAGAAGCUCAUCAUAUCCAAGAGGGCGCUGCCUCCGAGCCAGCUCAAGUGACUGAAGUAGAAACGAACCCAACGACGAGCGAGACCUCCAGAGCUCAGUUCUCAGGCACCAAAGAGGGGCUUGAUGCUUUGAGGUCCAAGCUUCGCUCCAACCUCAUUGAUCGCUCGUUGGAUGUGAUUCGCACGCAUUCUGAUUGCGCUAUCGAAGUAUCACAAUUGAUUCAGAUAAUGAUUCUGCGACACCAGGAUCGAGAAACCCAUGAGGAGGUCGGCACUGUUCUCACAUCUGCUUUGUCUUCGUUGGCACUCGACGCCGAGGAAAAGAAGAAGAACGGCAAAUGUAUUGCCGCCUAUGCUCAUUUGCUCGCCUUGCUACUUCAGGAUCAAACUUUCUUCGACAACAAUGUGGACGGUCUCCGAGAUAAGGUUGCAGAAUAUGUUGAUUUUCUCAAAGUCCCAUCUUCCGGUGCUGCUGAUGAACUACCGCCAUGGAUUCCUUACAUCUUGGUUGUAUUGGAGCCUCUUCUAUCGCACGAUGAGCGACCAGUUGCAGCUCAGUGGUUGGCGCCAAGAACUGUUGAUGAUCCUGUGCAGCCUGCGGUGCUUCAGCUCGGUAUAUCUCUUAUUAGCGAUCAACAACGCUCAAACAUUUUAGAAUCUCUUCUGGACCUACUACCACGCGUUGGAAAGCAAGAAUUAUUGGCAUUAUCCAUUUUGAGAGUCUUGGUAAUAUUAACCCGCCGACGUCAGCUCGCAAAGCACGUGGGACAGAAAAAGAAUCUCCAACGUCUCUUCCUCAUGGCUAAGCAAUUGGCCGGGUAUGGCUCGGAGAGACUAAAGCAUCAUCGGGUCACAUCACAUAUAAUCGCCACACUGAGACACAUUGUUGAAGACGAGGAGACUCUUCGUCAAAUCAUUCGCGCAGAGAUCAAGACCGAAUUUCCCAAUAUCCAGCGCAACAAUCAUGGGCAUGCAGAUGUUUCUGCCUACUUGCGAGCGCUCGCUCCCGUUGCUCUUCGGGCACCUGAGCUGUUUGUGGAAGUCUCGAAUGAAAUGCUUCGAUUUUCUAGAUGGUCUCCCGCCGAAAGUGAGACAGCAGGCAGAUUGAACACCCUCACUCUCAAAGACGGCACGACUGCCUCCAACGAUUCAGUACCUUCAACUGACGCCGAGGAAAUCAAAGAUCAGCCAAGCGCCGUGUUUGCUUCGAGUACUGCAGAUGAAGUCAAGCCAUCGACUGAGUUAGCUGACAAAGAAAUGGCAGAUGCCCCAAAAAUCACCGACAGCAAGCGCCCAGUUGUUGAGAAUCCAGAUGGCGUUGUUCAUUUCCUUCUUUGUGAGCUUGUCAACUACAGAGAAGUCGACGACAAAGAGCCAGCAAAUCCAGCAAAAGAUGUCCAACCAGAGCUUGACAUGAGUGACGCUGGCUCAGAACCAAUGGAUAAAGAGAUGAAUGCGGGCGAGGGAAGCGACAAGAAGCAAUCGAAGCCACAGUUUAAGUCCGAGGAGCACCCAAUAUUUGUCUACAGGUGUUUCUUGCUCAAUUGCUUGUCUGAGCUUCUCCAAAGCUACACACGAACCAAGGUCGAGUUCAUUAACUUCAAGCGAAGCGCUCCUCCCAUUUCUACCGGAACACCAAUCAAGCCUAGAACUGGCAUCUUAAAUUACCUGAUAUACGAUUUGCUCUGCCAGGGUAACCUUGCGGGCACCGCGGAUAAUAUCGCUGCGAAGAAGAAACUUGCGACCUCGGCACAGACGCAACGUGUUCUCGUUGCGUUGGUCUCGAAGACGAGCGAGAAGCCUGCAAGCUCGAGCCAAGAAAAAUUCGCAUAUGACGACGAGCCAGACCUGCUCUUUGUGCGCAAAUUUGUGCUUGACACGAUUCUUCGAGCCUACGAGAGAGCGCCUUUGUCCGACGAACCUCUUGAAACGAGGUACUCUCGUAUGCAGUCCCUUGCAGAGCUCAUGUUGCACAUGAUCGGCGAUCGUGAUAAGGACCAGCAGCGAUCGGGUGCUAGAGUUAUCGAAAAGAAUCAAUCUCGCUCUCAGGCACAGAUUCGGCGCCUCAUGUACGAGAAGGGUUACUUGGACAAGCUUACCACCUCUAUCGCUGAACUUUCUCUCAACUACCCCGGCGUUAAGCGAGCUAUUAAGUAUAUCCUUCGAGUACUUCGAAUCUUGACGGACACCGCAAAAGGACUCAGCCACUCUAAUUUAGUGCCUGCUGAUCCUGGGGCUGAGCAAAGUGAAGAGGAAUAUGGCGAAUCUUCGUCAUCCUUGUCUGACCUCGAGGAUGACCGAGAAGAAACGCCCGAUCUAUACCGUAACUCUGCUCUGGGAAUGCUUGAGCCUAGAGACGAAGAUGACGAGUCUGAGUCUGAAGACGAGGACGAAGACGCUGACAUGUACGGGGACGAGUAUGACGAAGAGAUGGACUAUGGGGACGAGGAAAUGUCUGAUGGCGAAGACGACAUUAGUGAUGAUGAUGAAGAGUUGAGUGGGAUGGGCGACAUUGAGGGCCUGCACGGAGAACCUGGCGUUGUUGAAGUCAUCAUGGACGACGACGAUGACGAUGACGACGAAGAUGAAGAUGAAGAGAGUGACGACGAGGGCGAUGAGGCAGACUCGGCCGAUAUGGAAGAUAUGGAGGAUCGUGUUGAGAUUGUCGACGAAGAUGGAAACCCGAUUGAUGAUGACUCCGCCUGGGAAAGCGACAGCGACAUAGACGAUAACGAAGUGCAGCCAACCGAGGACGUGGACUAUGAGGCAGAGGCGCAAGACGAAGAUGAGGCUCAUAUACACGGCAUGGGGCCAAGAGACCUUCUCGAUAACAUGGCACGCGCUAUCAUGGGUGACGAUGAAGGCUACGGACAUGAUAUUAUGAAUGGCCUUGAUGAUCAUUACAUGGAUGAUGAUCAAGAUGAUGUGGAGGAUGAUGAUGAAGACGAAGAGGAGAUUGAAGACGAAGAGUAUUUUGAUGAAGACGAAUUCUAUGCGCCUGAAGACCAUCUUCCACACCUGGCCCCUGCCGGGUGGGAUGGUAUGGAUCCUGAGAUUGAUGAUCGGCAUCGAUUGCUUCUCCUGGAGAAUAAUCGUCGACCAGUCUUCACCAGAAUGGAAAAUCGAGGUGGCCCCCCAUCCCGAUUUCUUGGGACACAGCGUGACGGUGGCGACUUCAGAAGCUACUUCUCCCGUAUGCACCGGCCCGCUGGUCAACAGAACCAUGCUGAGGAUGGAUCAAAUCCCUUACUUAGGCGCAACGACCCCGAGACAGAGAAUUCUUCGAGACCAGGCAACUCCAACUCUUUCGGACUUCGCUUGCCGGAAACAAUGUUCGCUUCCGGUGGCCGCCAUAUGAUUGAUGGACCAAUGAGCUUCCUUGGCGAGCUGAUGGAAUUUUUGCCUAUGAUGGGUCGCAAUAAUAACGGUCAAGCUUUCCACGUGCAGAUUACAAGACCUGGUGGUCCUCGUGCGGAGUUUGCGCCCAUCCGCCCUGGCAGACACGAUCAACGCCGGGAAGUCAGCCAGGAGCCUUUUCAAGCAGUUGCUUUUACUACAGAGUCAACAGUCAGCCGCUAUAGCGAAGAAGCGAGAAUGAUCUUUGGGUCAAAUUAUGUUCUUGAAGCGUCCAGACUCAGCAACGCCAUCAGUGCUGCUCUUACUCCGGCUGCUGUGGAGCACCAAAAGAAGGUCAUGGCAGUUGAUGAAGAAAACCGAAAGAAGGCUGAGGAGAUCCGUAGAAAGCUUGAAGAGGAGCAGAAAGAAAAAGAGGCAAAAGAAGCAGAGGAACGUGCUGAACAGGAGCGAGGUCGCCAGGCAGCCCUCGAGAGAGCCGCCGCGGCGUUCGAGGCAGCCGGUUCAUUCUUCACAGAGGAUGACGAAAGGCUUGCUAUGGAAGCCGUGGAGAGCUUGAGUAGUGGCGAACCAGCGAGCCAACCAGAAGCUAGCUCAGCCUCCAGAGUCACAACGACUAUUCGAGGAGAAGAAGUCGACAUCACGGAGCUAGGCAUUGACCCCGAUUACUUGGCCGCCCUUCCAGAGGAAUUCCGCGAAGAAGUCAUUGCCCAAACUGUCAGUGAACGACGCUCCCAGGCUCUUCAGACAGCCCCGGCAGGAGAGUCCACCGAAGUCUUUCAAGAGUUCCUUGACGCGCUGCCCGAAGAGCUCCGCUUGGAAAUCGCGCAGCAGGAACGACAAGAGCAGCGCCGACGUGUAGGAAAUCGAAGGCAUGCUGGCAAUGCUGGCACUGUACGCCCGGCUGACAUGGACACGGCCAGCAUUCUACAGACUUUCCCACCCGAGCUCCGUGACGAAGUUCUGCUGCAGCAGGGUCAAAGUCUCAUGGACCAAUUGACUCCGGAAUUGGCUGCCCAGAGUCGUGCUCUUCACCAGCAUCACGGACCUUCCGGUCUACAGCGUGGCCAGCACCAUGGCCCCCCCCCAACUGGAAACAACUCGCAUGCAGAGGCCAGCAAAGCCGCAGAUAGCAAGCCGCCUCGGAAGACGGUUGUCCAAAUGCUCGAUAAAGCCGGUGUGGCUACUCUACUCCGACUUAUGUUUAUCACCCAUCAAGGCUCCUUCCGUAACUAUCUUUUUGCAGUAUUCGCCGAUGUGUGCGAGAAUCGACAGAGUAGACUGGAGGUCAUCAGUACACUGCUUCAGAUUCUGCAAGAUGGCAGUACCGAUGUCAAUGCCGUUGAACGCAGCUUCGGGCAGCUGUCAAUCAAGGCCAAGCGGCUCAAGGACAAGGAGAGAGACGCUGAGCCACGCACGCCACAAACCCUCAAGCGAACCUUGACCUCGUUGAGCGUCUCCAACACUGCUCAGACCAGUUCUGAGACCUCGCCGUUGCUGAUUGUCCAGCAAUGCCUAGAUCUGCUUGUGGACCUUUGUGCCAGGAACCCACACGUACCAUGGCUCUUUCUUACUGAGCACGAAACCGUCGGUGCUUCGCUACGAAAAUCAUUUGGUCGCAAGGGCAAGACAAAGGACUCCAAGGCCAACAAAUACGCCAUCAAUGCCUUGUUGACGCUCCUCGAUCGCGAACUCAUUACCGAGAGCUCUUUGGUCAUGACUCAUCUCGCUGAUCUCCUCAAUCGUGUGACAAUGCCGCUACAAAAUCUCGAGCGUCGACGCAGAGAGUCUCUGGACACUGUUCUUGUCGAGACGGAAAAGCAAAACGAGGGACAAACAAGUGGCGAGGCACAGGCAGAUGCUCCAGCAGCCGGCAACGAGGAUAGUGCGCAGAAAGCUCCAAAACAAGGCAAUGUCCCUCAAAAGCGUUCUCGGCAGUUACAGCCACCAGUCAUCCCCGAAGAGAAUCUCUCACUUGUCGUCAGAAUUUUUGUUGCCAGAGAGUGCAGUUCCAAGACUUUCCAAAACACGAUCGCUACGAUCAAGAACCUCUGCGCCAUUCCUGGAACGAAGACUAUUUUUGGGCAGGAGUUGAUACGUCAAGCCCGUGCGCUGAGCCAGAAUAUUGUAACAGACCUUAAUGAACUGUUGCCACACAUUCUUGCAGCCAGCUCUGGAACCGAGAUCCAAGGAGUCGCCCUCGCCAAAUUUUCUCCAGGAGCUUCGGAUCAAAAUAAGCUCUUGAGAGUGCUCACUGCUCUGGAUCAUCUCUUUGAGCCGAAGAAGAAGCCAAGCCAAGCCUCGCCCGACAACCUCGACGAUAGCAAGCAAGACUUGCUCACAUCUCUGUAUCACAACGAGACUUUCUUGAGCAUGUGGGAUAAGCUUAGCAGAUGCUUGAGUGCUAUCAGACAGCGCGAAAACAUGCUCAGUGUUGCAACAAUCUUGUUGCCACUUAUUGAGUCCCUCAUGGUCGUCUGCAAAAACACCACUACCAAAGACGAUGCAACACCCAGUCAGCAAACUGGUGAGGAACCUCUUUCAAGUCCCGUGUCUGAAUCGCAAACUGCCAGCCUGUUCUUCUCUUUCACGGAAGAACACCGCCGUAUCCUCAACGAACUCGUUCGCCACAGCCCUAAGCUCAUGUCUGGGACAUUCGCUCUGCUGGUCAGGAAUCCUAAAGUCCUUGAGUUUGACAACAAGCGCAAUUACUUCAACCGAACCGUUCACUCUCGAGCAGCACAUGGCCAGAGCCGUCCUUCGUACCCGCCCCUACAGCUAUCGGUCAGGCGCGAGUCUGUAUACCGGGAUUCAUUUGCCAAUCUCUAUUACAAGAGCGGAGACGAGAUCAAGUAUGGCAAAUUAAACAUCAGAUUUGGUGGCGAAGAGGGCGUUGAUGCUGGUGGUGUUACAAGAGAAUGGUUCCAAGUCCUCGCGCGACAAAUGUUCGAUCCAAAUAACGCCUUAUUCAUUCCGGUUUCUUCAGACCGAACCACAUUCCACCCCAACAAGCUCAGCAAAUUCCACUUGAAUGAAGAUUCCAACGCUGGCGAGAGCACUGACAGCAUUCAUUUCAAGUUUAUUGGCCGAAUCAUUGGCAAAGCCUUGUACGAAGGCAGGCUUCUGGAUUGCUUCUUCAGUCGUGCCGUGUACAAACGCAUCCUUGGCAAGUCAGUAUCCGUCAAGGACAUGGAGUCUUUUGAUCCUGAUUACUACAAGUCCCUCUGCUGGAUGCUCGAGAAUGAUAUUACGGAUAUUAUCACCGAGACCUUCUCGGAAGAAGAGGAUGAAUUUGGUGUUACAAAGAUUGUCGACCUUGUUCCAAACGGCCGCGAGAUUCCUGUCACCGAAGAAAACAAACAGGAAUAUGUCCGCCUCGUUGUAGAGCACCGUCUGCUGACGUCGGUCAAGGAUCAGAUGGAGAGUUUCUUGAAGGGCUUCCAUGAGAUCAUUCCCGCAGAACUGAUCUCGAUUUUCAACGAGCAAGAACUAGAAUUGCUGAUCUCCGGUUUGCCUGACAUUGACAUCGAUGAUUGGCGCAGCAAUGCGGAAUACCACAACUACACGCCAUCCUCCCAACAGGUCCAAUGGUUCUGGAGAGCAGUCCGCUCCUUCGAUAAGGAAGAGCUGGCCAAGCUGCUUCAGUUUGUAACUGGAACGAGCAAAGUUCCGCUCAAUGGUUUCAAGGAGCUCGAGGGCAUGAACGGCAUCAGCAGGUUUAAUAUUCAUCGCGACUAUGGUGACAAAGACCGCCUGCCCACAUCUCAUACCUGCUUCAAUCAGCUAGAUCUUCCGGAAUACGACAGCUAUGAUACACUACGUGCUCAGCUCUACAAAGCUAUUACGGCCGGAAAUGAAUACUUUGGUUUUGCUUAA